CCGAGCUGCCGUACUCACGUGCUUUUGUUUACCAAGACAAACAGUGCACCAUGCAGCCACUUAGCCUCUCUAACAUUAUACAUAUACAUGGACUUUAAAGUCAUUUAACUAAGAAAGCCGCCAGGCCCGAAGGAUUUGAUGUUAUAUUACGUUCUUUAGGAGAAGCUAUUAUUCCCUUUAGCUCAUUUUUGAGCUACCGUUAGCUCAGCCAGCUGCUAGCUUAGCCAGCCGUUAGCUUAGCCAGGCUGCUAGCUUAGCCAGUCUUAGCAUAACCAGCCGUCACGAACUCUCCUGGGUCGAACUGUCAUCAGCAGCUGCACAAAUGACUUGUGUGAUUUCGCGGCUUUAAUAUUUAAUAACUAAUAACUGUAGUCAUGCGUUCCUUGAACUACGUUCAACGCGUCAGUUUGGAUUUCACAGGAACUCUGUUUCCUCACGCAAUCUGCCUGGGAGAUGCGGACAACGACUCUUUGAACGAGCUGAUCGUGGGCGACACCAACGGGAAGCUGCUGGUGUACAAGAACGACGACUCCAGGCCGUGGGCGGCGAGGAGCUGCGCCGGCAUGCUGACUUGUGUCGCGGUCGGAGACGUCUGCAACAAAGGGAAGAACUUUGUGGUGGCGGUCAGUGCCGAGGGCUGGUUUCACCUCUUCGACUUGACCGCUGCGAGUAAAGCGGAUUCGUCCAGUCAGCAUGAGUCCACGUGCUCCGAUGACCAGAAGCCCUUUUUCACCCAACACAUCCCCGCCAACACCAAGGUCAUCCUCAUCAGUGAUAUCGACGGCGACGGCCGCAGCGAGCUGGUGGUGGGCUACACCGACCGGGUGGUGCGAGCCUUCCGUUGGGAGGAGCCGUCCGACAGGUCGGAGCUCGGAUCCGGACAGCUGGUCCUGCUGAAGAAAUGGCUUCUGGAGGGGCAGGUGGACAGUCUGUCAGUGAACCCGGGUCCCGAAGGUUUACCCGAGCUGAUGGUGUCCCAACCGGGCUGCGGCUACGCCAUCCUGCUGUGCUCCUGGACUCAGCAGGACUCCAACAGCUCUGGAGAAGACGGCCCCCCCACCCCUGGGAGUGAGGCGCCUUCCAGAGAUGUAGUUCUCCACCUGACCAGCGGGCGGAUUCACAACAAGAAUGUUUCCACUCACCUCAUCGGCAGCAUCAGUAAAGGGUCUAAAGAGGAAUCUUCUAAAUGUGGGCUGUUUGCUCUCUGCACUUUGGACGGUACGCUGAAGUUGAUGGACAGCUCGGAGCAGCUGCUGUGGUCCGUGCAGGUGGAUCAUCAGCUGUUUGCGCUGCAGAAGCUGGACGUCACUGGAGACGGCCGGGAGGAGGUGGUGGCCUGCGCCUGGGACGGUCAGACCUACAUCAUCGACCACAAUCGCACAGUCGUGCGCUUCCAGUUCGACGAGAACGUCAACGCCUUCUGUGCGGGUCAGUACACGUGUAAGGAGGGUAAGAACAGCCCCUGUCUGGUCUACGUCAGCUUCAAUCACAAAAUCUACAUCUACUGGAAGGUGGAGCUGGAGCGCAUGGAGUCCACCAACAUGUUGCGGGUCCUGGAGGAGAAACCCGAGUUCAGCCGGCACCUGAGGCUUCUGGGAGUCGAUACGGACGACCCGGCGGCGGUGAGAGCCAUGGUGGCGAAUGUUCUCUACAAGGAUUCGCAGACAUAGAAAACAAAACUCAUCAACGCGCCCCCCCCCCCCUCGUCGGGGCCGCCGAUAGAGGCGUUGGUGAGAUCUUUAAGAUGGCCGUCGGUGCUGUUUGUGGGGGGGCAGCACGCCGUGGGGGGGGGCGGGCAUCAAAAGCAUCGCCCACUGUUCCAGGUGGGAGGAUCCUCUAACCACCGAUGCACCGAGCCGCUCGUCUCUUCUCUUCCCCCUCAUGCAAUAUAAAUCAGCGCGUGUGUGUGAAGGGUAAACGCAGGCUCAGGUGUCCUCUCGUCUCCUCGGUUUCUGCCCUUUAGAAGACGCGUCGGGGGACUUCUUUCGUCCUCCUCGCUCACAGCUCCACGUCACAGAGUUCGUCCCCACAAGCCAUAAACACUCGUUUCUGUUCAUGACCAUCAAAGGUCUCGUCGUCGUCCUUAUGGAUCCUGGCUGUUACAGAUGGAUUUACAGUCUGUCUGUGUUGACGUUGACUCUCCCUGGUUUCCAGUGACGCUGUGGGACUGUGACCUUUGCCCCCCCCCGAGCUGGAGCUAUUUCAGCCUCAUCAUUUCUUCUGUUGACCACACUCAGAGCUCCGAUCUGCCCUUUUUAGCAGCGUUAUUCAUCUGGAGGUCGGCCCAUGAGAGAUCUCGCCUCAGGAGAGUUUGUUGUCAUGCAGCUCGGAGCCGUGUAUGAUUUUUCUUUAGUUCACUUCUCUGAGGAGUUGAAAGGUCAUCGGUACCAGAGAAGUAUUGCAAGAAAAAUGUCACACAGCCCAGAAUACUCCGGUUCAUAUUCUUGGGUUAUGCGGGUCGACCCUUCACAUGAUUAAUGGAGUAAAAUGUCAAAUUAAAAAAUAUCAAUUGAGUAUAUAUUUUAUUUAUUCGUUUCAUUUCACAAUUUGUUUUACUUUCUGUCAGGAUUCAUUUCCAUAUAGUUUGUUUUGUAAUGUAAUUUCUCGUGUGACUUUGUUCUAAUCAUGUGCUUUGUUCGCCGAGGGAAGAAUCGCUCAAAACGUUUCUGCUUGUUUCUCUCCUGCGUCACAAAAUGAUCAGAACCAACUUCAAAAGAGCGUGAGCCACAUCUGUCCGUAGCCAGGUGUGGGUUUCUUUUUUUAAACUGAACCACAUUGAAGACUAAAAGUCUGCAGCCAUGCGAGCAGCUGCACCGACAAAGGUGCUCUGAGCUAAAUGCUAACGUGCUAACACCCCCGUGUUCAGCAGGUAGGAUGUUUACCGUCUUAAUCAUCUUAGCUUAGCGCGUUAGCAUGCUGACAUUUGCUAAUUAGCAAUAAACACAAAGGUCAGCUGAGGCUACUUUAGGAAACUGAGCUUUUGAUGGAAGCUGCAAAUGUCGACCUCAUGGUAGGAAACAUCAUUUGGGGAUCAUGAUUUUAUAUCCACAUUUAUUUUUGCAAUCAAGAAUUAAAAUAUUGGCUUGGCUUUACUAAAUGUUUACAUCUUGACCUCUUACAAUUUCAUUAAACAUUUACAAAAUAAAAAAAACAACAACCAAUAAAUCAAAUGCUAAAUAAAUGCUUUUUUUAUUUACAUCAAACACUAAAUAUCAAUGUGAUCUGCAUGCAGACUGACGGUAAAUGUGUGCCUCCGUCGUCAUGGUGAUUUUAGUGCUUCCCACAGUUCAAAUCCGUCAUCAUACGAGGUGCGUUUGGUUGUCUGCUUUCAACUGCUCCCCACGUGAGGCUUUUUUUUUUUUUGUUUACCUGAAAAUGCCAAAUGUGAUUUUCAGAGGAGCACAUGUCUGCUAUUAUGUUUGAUUGCGCAAUCCAGUUCGACCCAGUGCAGUGAUUCAUCCGCUCACAAAGACGCCUUCCACUCAAACGCGUCGUCCGUCUUGAGUACAAAGAAUCGCCAUCGGCGGGGGCUGUGGCUGAAAACAUGAGGACAAUCACCUGCAGGCUUUUAAAGAGCAUGGAUCCAACUGUUUUUUUUUUUAACCUUUUGACCUUCAGAACUGUGCAGCAGUACGUGACAAAAAUACCUUUUUAAUAUAUUUUAAAUAUUUUAAUCCACUUUUUACAGCAUUACAUUGGAGCUGAGGUUACUCAUAAAAAGGAGCCUUUAACUUACUCGAUUUCAACAAGUUAAUGACAUGUUGAUUCAGGCCGUCCAGCCCCAUCUUGGUUUAAUUGGGUUUAGUGAAAGGAUAGAAGAGCAGCUUUGUUCAGUUAACAUUUUACUUUUCAUUUGAUGAAUAAGAGUCAUGAUCAGUGCGUCAGCCGCAGGGGUUUGACAAUACUACAAAGUGCUAACGUGAUCCAACAUUUAACAAAAACAGAUUGUUUUUAUCCACCGUUUUGAAUGCAGGACUUUAAUUACUUUAAUGUAUUCUUCACUUGUCACCCGAUAAAGGCUCAGAGUCA